AUGGCUGGAAGGAAUGACGCUGCAAUGGCUGCCGCAAUGCAAGCGAUGGCACAAGCUGUGCAGAACUUGCCAAAUGCUGGUGGAGAUGCUGGAUCACGUAGCUUGGCGACUUUUCAAAGAGAGAAUCCGCCGGUGUUUAAAGGGAAGCAUGAUCCAGAUGCCGCCUUGGGAUGGUUGAAAGAGAUCGAGAGAAUCUUCCGUGUUAUGGAUUGCACUCCAGCUCAGAAGGUUCGGUAUGGUACUCACAUGCUAGCAGUCGAAGCUGAUGACUGGUGGCUAGAGACUCACGAGAGGUUGACCGUGGCAGGUGAAGUCAUUACUUGGGAUGUAUUCCGUAGGGAAUUCAUGAGAAAGUAUUAUCCGGAAGAUGUCCGUGGUAAGAAAGAAAUUGAGUUCCUUGAGCUGAAGCAAGGAAACAUGUCUGUCACUGAUUAUGCUGCAAAAUUUGUGGAGUUGUCCAAAUUUUAUCCUCAUUACACUGGUGUUGGUGCUGAAUUUUCAAAGUGCAUCAAGUUUGAAAACGGACUACGCUCUGAAAUUAAGAAGGCUGUUGGGUAUCAGAAGAUACGCAUUUUUACUGAAUUGGUUGAUAGCUGCAGGAUAUUUGAAGAAGACAAUAAUGCUCAUUACAAGAUUGUCAGUGACCGCAGGGGCAAGCAACAUCAAAACCGUGGCAAGCCGUAUGAUGCUCCAGUGGGAAAAGGGAAACAAGGAGCUGCUCCGGCUCAGAGGACUAGUAGGGGAGGUGCCCCUGCUGGUAUAGUUUGCUUCAAAUGUGGUCAGGCUGGUCAUAAGAGUAAUGUAUGCACUGCUGAAGUAAAGAGGUGUUUUCGCUGUGGUAAGACUGGCCAUGCAAUAGCUGAUUGCAAGCACAAGGAAAUGAUUUGUUUUAAUUGUGGCGAAGAAGGGCAUAUUGGAAGUCAGUGUCAGAAGCCAAAGAAAUCUCAAACUGGAAAGGUGUUCGCAUUGACCGGAACUCAAACCUCCAGUGAGGACAGACUUAUCCGAGGUACAUGUUUCAUAAAUGGUACUCCUUUAAUUACUAUUAUUGAUACCGGUGCUACACACUGUUUUAUUUCUGCUAACUGUGCUCGAAGACUGGGUUUAAAAUUGUCCGCUUUGGAUGGUGAAUUGAUUGUUGAGACCCCAGCUAAGGGAUCAAUAACUACUUCUUUGGUAUGUUUAAAAUGUCCUUUGUCGAUCUUCGAUAAAGAUUUCUAUGUUGAUUUAGUAUGUUUGCCGUUGGAUGGGAUGGAUGUAAUUCUUGGUAUGAACUGGUUAGAGUAUAAUUAUGUUCAUAUAAAUUGUCAUCAUAAGUCGGUGAGGUUUUCCACUCCUGAAGAGGAAGGAGUUGACUUAUUACCUUUCAGAGAAUUGCGAAAAUUGAUGAAAAAGGGAGCUCAGAUGUUUUCUUUGAUGGCGACGUUGUCGGUUGAGAGUAAAGCUAAGAUUGAGGAACUGUUAGUGGUGAAAGAAUUCCCUGAAGUUUUUCCUGAUGAAAUUCCUAGUGUGCCGCCAGAGAGGGAACUUAAAUUUACUAUUGAUCUGGUACCUGGUACUAGGCCUGUUUCGAUGGCACCGUAUAGAAUGUCGGCAUCUGAAUUGUAUGAAUUAAAAAAGCAAUUGGAAGACUUA